AAGAUUUUGUCUGGGAUGAUGGAGCUUUGAAAGGCUAUAAACCACUGAAAUAUCUUAAGACUUUUUAGUCCCACCUCAAACCAAUUUUUGGCCAUUUGUGGGUAAUAUUGCCCUAUUGAUAACUUAUAUCCCAAGAGGAAAGGGCAUAUGGGGUGUUUCUCAGGUGGGGCCGUUGUGACUAAGACAUCCAUUACAGGCUUUUGUAUGAACGUAAGCUUUCAUUUCCCUGGGACUGCCGAAGACUGCAAGUGUUGGAUCGUAUGAGAGGUAUUUGUUUUAUUUAUUUCAUUUUAUUGUGGUAAGAACACUUAACAUGAGAUAUAUCCUUUCAAAAAAUGUAACUGUACAACAAUACAUUAAUAUUGACUUUAAUAAGUAUAAUGUUGUGCAGCAGAUCUUAGAGCUUAUCCAUCUUGUUUGAUUGAAACUUUGUCUGUUGAUUAGUAAAUCCCAUAUUUUUGGUUCCAUUAACAGCCAUUAGAUCUUUAGAACAACUCUAUGUGGUAGGUACUACAGUAAUUUGCAUGUUAUAAAAUAAAGCUCAGAGAGGUCAGGUGACUUGCCUGAAGCCACAGAGUCCUGGUAUUUGAGUUGGGGUAUGCUUGCAGCUUUUCUACCACCCUGCCUGUCUCUGGAAGGUGUCCCCUCCCCACAGGCUCACCAGGUGGUGGCAGAUGUGGUCUGAGGCUCUGUGACCUCCCACAGCCCUAGUGGCCAUGGACAUACCUCAGGCUGUUGGCCAAAGAGCUUGACUGUAACUUGAGUCUCACCCAGGCUGGGGGUGAUGGGGCGGGUGGGCAGGUGACAGCCAGGGCAGGGAGAUUUUCCCAGACACUGGUGUGUGGCAGCCUGGCAACUGUGUGGCCCUGAGGCGAUUGGGGGCUUCUGGAGCCUGUUCCUGGUGGUGACCUUCACCAUGGGCAACAAGCAGACAGUCUUCACUCAUGAGCAGCUGGAAGCAUAUCAGGACUGCACCUUCUUCACCAGGAAGGAAAUCAUGAGGCUCUUCUAUCGCUACCAGGACCUGGCCCCCCAGCUCGUCCCCCUCGACUAUACCAGCUGUCCUGACGUGAAGGUUCCCUACGAGCUCAUCGGCAGCAUGCCUGAGCUGAAGGACAACCCGUUCCGACAGAGGAUUGCCCAGGUCUUCUCUGAGGAUGGGGAUGGCCACAUGACCUUGGACAACUUUCUGGACAUGUUUUCUGUGAUGAGCGAAAUGGCUCCCCGUGAUCUCAAAGCCUACUAUGCUUUUAAAAUCUAUGACUUUAAUGACGAUGACUACAUCUGUAUGUGGGACCUGGAGCAGACAGUGACCAAGUUGACUCGGGGGGAGCUGAGCGCCGAGGAGGUGACCCUGGUGUGCGAGAAGGUUCUGGAUGAGGCCGAUGGGGACCACGAUGGGCGGCUGUCCCUGGAAGACUUCCAGAACAUGAUCCUGCGGGCGCCCGACUUCCUCAGCACCUUCCACAUCCGCAUCUGAGGACGCCACGCAGGAGGAGCGGGGCCAGAGGAGGGCAAGGUGACCCCUCACCCCACUGUAGACUCUGGACUCUGGGAAUAAACACAUGUCACUGAGUCGCACCUGCUGGGAUGAGACAUUUCUGCCUUCAGUCUGGUGGAUGGGAGGAAGGAGACCUGGAUCUCGUCUGUGCUCUCCCAGUGUGCCCCUGGGCAUGGCCACGCCCUCUCCAGGCCACCUUCUCCCUGACCGUACAAGGCAGAGCCUGACUGCUAAAUCUUGCUGCACCACAAGGGCUGGAGGUGCCUUGCUGUGGGUAUUGGUGAGCAGAGACCAGUGUGUAGA